AUGGCCCUAGAGCAGCACUUUCCAGAGGCUAUGGUUCAAAAUGACUCCAUUGGACAAGAUAAAUGUUCCUUUGAAAAGUGGAACUCUGUUUCUGAUGAAGUCACAGACUCUGAAAACAAAUCCUGUGGUAGCUUCGACUGCAGCAUAUGCUUGGACUCUGUGCACGAGCCAGUAGUCACCCUCUGCGGUCACCUCUUCUGCUGGCCUUGCAUAUACAAGUGGCUUCAGUUCCAGAGCCCGUCCUCCGAAUACCAAGAUGAGCAAAAACAGCCGCAGUGCCCUGUUUGCAAAGCUGAAGUGAAUGAAUCUUCUCUAGUCCCGCUCUACGGUCGGGGCCAGACGACAAAGCCUACAAAGCCCUCCAAAGGCAAGGCUUCCCAUCUUGGUAUAGUCAUUCCGCGAAGACCUUUUCGUCCUUGCGGGGUUGACACACCACGAACAGCCGGUACCCCCACCACUCCAUACGUUACUCAGCAACUCCAUCAUCGGAGUUCUCCUUACAGUUCACAACUAAACACUCCACAACAAGGCAGUAACACUGCUUUACCGAUGCAAAGCCCUGCUGGCACCACCACAGUCAAUCCAGUAAUUGGAAUGUUCGGUGAAAUGGUAUACGCAAGGGUCUUCGGUAACUCAAUGACAAACUUAUACACUUAUUCGAAUUCGUACAAUCUCGCCGGGAGCGGUAGUCCAAGGGUUAGAAGGCAUGUAAUGCAGGCUGAUAAGUCGCUCAGCAGAAUAUGUUUUUUCCUCUUCUGUUGCUUUAUGUUGUGCCUUCUUUUGUUCUGA